UUCAGAAGAAAGUAGUUUCUUCAUACUCUGCGAUUUCUUAACUCUUCUAUACAUUUUUAUUGUAGUUUCUAUAGGAAAAGCAGGAUUUUGAAUAAUGUUGGGAAGUCGAGUUGUUCGUGGUCCAGACUGGCGAUGGGAUGAUCAAGACGGAGGCGAAGGAAGCGCUGGGACCAUUAUAACGACUGCGGAAAAUGACGACGCAAAAGAAUUACCAGAAAAAACAGUAAAAGUCCGUUGGGACCAUGGUCAAGAAAAUUGUUACAUGAUAGGAGUAGGUGGAUGUUUGUAUGAUCUGAGGAUUCUUGACUCAUCUACUUCUGGAGUCGUCUUUGCAGACACCAAGUGCAAUGGUUGUAGUGACGCUCCUAUCAAAGGCUCCCUUUGGAAAUGUCAUUCUGAUGAAUGUAUAGACUACCACUUAUGUACAAAAUGCUACAUGAGCGAUGUGCAUUCUCUUGAACACACUUUCAUCUGCAGACCACAUCAGAGCCAUAAAGGAAUUUUGGUUGGUAAACGCUCGAUGUCUAAGCGUGUUCAAGCUCGUGGUAUAUUUCCUGGUGCUAAGGUGGUACGGAUCAACGAAGACGACCAUGAGAAGUAUGGCGUGGGGAACGUGUAUGAAGUGAAAACAGACAGUAUGUACAAGGGAAUUCAAGUCAGUGUUUGCUGGGAAGGAGUAACUGACAUUACAACUCACAAUUUUGGGCUAGAUCAAGACAMAAUCAACAUAACGCUUGUCGAUAGUGCUGAAGGACCAUUGUAUUAUAAGGCCCAUCUACCUUUGGCAGCUGCCGAUGAUGAACAACACCCCGCGAUGUUGGGAUACGAUGAUGAAGAGCAUAAAAAAGAAACCAACAUAGUAGAUACUUUGGCAGCUUUUGUGCAAGGCUUGACUCUUUCAAAGACAAAAAAGGGCAAACGGAAUAAGUCUGACAGUGAUAAAAAUGUAAAAAAGGAAUUUAAAAUGAUCUUGGGAAGUCGAGUAGUUCGAGGUCCAGAUUUUUGUCGUCUAUGGGGUGAACAAGAUGGCGGCGAAGGGAAUGUCGGAACCAUUAUAAUUACCAAGGAAAAUGACGACAGCAACGCUUUACCAGAUCAGAUGGUAAGAGUGCGUUGGGAUAAUGGUCARGAAAAUACUUGCAUAGCAGGACUAGUUGGAUGGUAUGAUCUAAGGAUCCUUGAUUCAUCUUCUUCUGGAGUCGUCUUUGAAGACACCAAGUGCAAUGGUUGUAGUGACGCUCCUAUCAAAGGCUCCCUUUGGAAAUGUCAUUCUGAUGAAUGUAUAGACUACCACUUAUGUACAAAAUGCUACAUGAGCGAUGURCAUUCUCUUGAACACACUUUCAUCUGCAGACCACAUCAGAGCCAUAAAGGAGUUUUGGUUGGUCAACGCUCUAUGUCUAAACAAAUCCAAGCUAGUGGAAUUUUUCCUGGUGCUGAGGUGAUGCGAAGCAACGAAGAGGAGCAGGCAAACUAUGGAAUAGGAAACGUGUUUGAAGUGAAAACAGACAGUAUGUUCAAGGGAAUUCAAGUUGGUGUUUGCUGGGCAAAAGCUGACAUUACAACUCACAAAUUCGGACCCGAUCAAGAAAAAAUUGAUAUCACACUUGUUAAAAGCGGAGAAGGGCCAUUGUAUUAUAAGAGCCAUCUACCACUCGCUGGUGCCGAUGAUAUUGAUUAUCCCGCUAUGCUGGGCUGCGAUGAUGAMCAGAAUAAGAAAGAAAGCGAUGGAGAUACUCUUAAUCGGCAUUUAGCUUUAUUACAAGCAUUAAAKGAUUCAAAUACCAGAAGAUGUAAGCUGAAAGUGGGGGACAAAGUAGUCAUACACCUUAAGAAAAACUCAAAGAGAGUGUACGAGUCUAACCUCGGUGGAGAUGAAGCAGCAAAGAUUGUAGGGGAAAUUGGAAUAAUAGUGAAGGUCAAACCAAACGGAAAAGUUCACGUCAAGUUCAACUCACUUCCGAACGUUUGGAAAUUCCCGCAUGACAAUUAUUUUUCAAAGAUCUCCAAACUGAGACCUGGAGACAAUGUACGUUUAACUGACAACAUUGAUGCUCUGAAGAAAAUGCAGGAAGGUUAUGGAGAGUUUGAUGAUAACAUGGAGGCGUAUCUUGGCAAAUGCGGUGUAGUAACAGAAGUUGACCAGAAUGGAACAGCAAAAGUAAAUUUCGAAGGGACAUCCUGGAAUCUGAACUCGGCAGCUGUCGUACGGGAGUCCAAUCCAGAAGGCACGACAGAUGGUGAUAAAAGUGAAGAAAAUGAAUCUGACGGUGAUGAAAAUGAUACUUCAGGUUUGUCAGCUUUGGCAAAAGCCUUAUUUCGUUCAAAGACGAAAAGGAGUAAACUCAAAAUCGGGGAUAAUGUAGUCAUUCACCUCAAAAAAGACGUGAAAAGAGUGUACGAAUCUAAUCUCAGUGGAAACGAAGCAGCAGAGAUUGUAGGGGAAAAUGGAAGAAUAUYGAAGGUCAAACCAAAUGGAAAAGUUCACGUCAAGUUCAAAUCUUUGCCGUACAUUUGUAAAUUCCCGGAUGGUAAUUAUUUCUCAAAGAUCUCCAAAUUGAGUCCUGGAGACAAUGUACGUUUAACUGACAACAUUGAUGCUCUGAAGAAAAUGCAGGAAGGUUAUGGAGAGUUUGAUGACAACAUGGAGGCGUAUCUUGGCAAAUGCGGUGUAGUAACAGAAGUUGACCAGAAUGGAACAGCAACAGUAAAUUUCGAAGGGACAUCCUGGACUCUGAACUCGGCAGUUGUCAUACGGGAGUCCAAUCCAGAAGGCACGACAGAUGGUGAUGAAAGUGAAGAAAAUGAAUCUGACAGUGAUGAAAAUGAUGCUUCGAGUUUAGCAGCUUUGACGAAAGCCUUGCUCCAUUCUAAGAAGACAAAAGGGAAAAAGCUGAAAGUGGGGGAUAAGGUAGCCAUACACCUUAAGAAAGACGUUAAGAAACUGUACGAUUCUAACCUCAAUGGGAAGCAAGCAGCAAAGUUUGUCGGGGAAAUUGGAAAAGUAACGGAGGUAAAAUCAAGUGGAGGAGUUUCAGUUCAGUUCAAGUCAUUCCAGGAAAAUUGGAGUUUCCCGGAUCCUACUUUGUUUUCAAAGGUCUCAAAAUUGUGUCCUGGAGAUGUUGUUCGCUUAACUGACAACGUUGACGCCCUGAAGAAAAUGCAAGAAGGUCAUGGAGGAUUUAACUAUGAAAUGAUGUCGAAUCUUGAUACAUCUGGCGUAGUAACAGAAGUUGACCAGAAAGGAACUGCAACUGUAAAUUUUGAAGGGACGUCUUGGUAUCUGAACUCGGCAGCUGUCAUAAGAGAGUCCAACUUAGAGGGUAGGACGGAUGAGGACGAAAGUAAGGAAAAUGACUCGGACACCGACGAAAAUCAGCUGGGAAAUGAAUCAAUAGAAUUAGUGAAAUAUGGUAUGGUACUAAGUAAAGUUUUUGACACAAUAAAAGCAAGCCAAGAGGGUCCCGAUCAAACAAAACCUCAGACCAUUGUGGACCCCGACUCUAAAGAGGUGUACAAAAUGAAAAGCAGCCCCAGAGGCUUGAUGGUAAUCAUCAACAUGAAAACAUUUACCCCACAGACCAACCUAAUUGAACGCAAAGGCUCCGAUAAAGAUGAACACGCGUUAUACAAUGUGUUUAGAAGAAAAUUGGAUUUCGAUGUCUGGCCGAUUUUGAAAGACAAAAGACGACUUGAGCUGCUGCAAGAGCUUCGAGUCAUUGCCGAGUGCGAAGACAACAAACGUUACGACUGUCUAGCGGUUUGCAUUAUGAGUCACGGCGAAGUUGAUUCCGAUGGCAAUGAUGUGUUCUUUACAAGCGAUUCACGUCUAGUCAAAUUGAAGCAAGUCUUAACGAUGUUUACCAACACUGACUGUGAAGUUUUUCGUGGUAAACCAAAGCUGUUCUUCAUACAGGCAUGUCGUGGUGACCUUGGAAAGGCCUUAAAAUCAGAAGAGCCCAGUACAGCGUCCGAUGCUAUACUCGAUGGAAGCGAAUCAGGAUCCAAAGAAGAAACUAGUCAACCAAAACGUAAAGAUCCCGAUAUGGCAGACAUGGUGAUUGCCCACUCAAGUUUUGAUGGCUAUACGGCACAUCGAGAUACAGACGAAGGGAGUGUCUUCAUCCAAAAACUGGCAAAAGUGUUUAGUGAAUUUGCAGACAAAGAGCACAUCGCUGAUUUGAUGACAAGAGUUAAUGAGGCAGUACACACGGAUAUCCAAGAUGAUUCAACUGGCCGAACACAAGUGCCAACUCUUAAAUCCACACUGCGAAAGAAGCUGUAUUUCUGGCCAACGAUCAAGUUUGAUAGAUAAGCACAACAUAAUGAGAUUACGAGACACAUUGUUUGUUUCGAUAGAAAAUCUGGAUUUUCCAUUUAAUUUUGUAGGGUUUGCACGGAACUUACAUUGUUGUAAUGUUACCCUAAACUCACGAAACUCAGCUAAACUACACUCCCUUGAAAACUUACACCCAUAAACAACGCCCUGUCGCCCUACGCUAGUUUAAAGCCUUGUAGUUUCAUUGUUUUAAUAUCCAAUAUCCUCGUUUACGACGAGAGUGCCUCAAAAACUUUCCAUGGCAGACUUAAAGAUAUAAAAUACAAACCAAGAUGUGUCAAACAUAUUUGUUGUUAUGGGAAACUUGUAGAUCACUCUCCUUGUAUUGUUAAAUGUUGUUCAUUAUACCUAGGAAAAGUCAAACAUCUAAGCGAUGAGUUCAAUGCCUUCUGUUUUAGGCCUUGCCACAAAUUAGAUCAAUUCGAUUUUUGUCGUUCUCCAAUUGGCAUCAACACUCUAAACCAAAUUUUGCCAGAUUUGUGCAGAAGCUGGUUUGAAAAAAAAAA